GUCGCCGACUUCAUCGCAAUCAUAUGUGUUUCGACGCUCGAAGAGAUGGUUUACAUGAAGAAAAAGUACUUCAGUCUCAAUCGAAUUCUUUUGCUUGCGGUUGGCUUGUGGCCUUAUACAAAAUCCAAAUUUGUACGAUUGCAAUUAGUUCUGCAAUAUGGAAUUCUAGGAAGCUUUAUAGUAUUUCAGUUAACAACAUUUGCGACUUCAAAAUGCGAUGUGCCAUUAGUCAUUGAAAUUCUUUCUGUCACAGCCUUCUAUUUCAACUUCGUGUUGAUAUACCUCUCGUUCAGUUGUAACAUGAAUGUUGUGAAACAUUUAUUAGAACACUUUCAACAUACCUACGACGAGCUGAGAGAUGAAUAUGAAGUUGCCAUUAUAGAAAAGUAUUGGGGCUUUUCAAAACGUUUUACUAAAGGACUUACGUUGCUCGUUACCUUCAACGUGAGUUGUUUUCUUCUCAUUCCAUUUGUGCCAUACAUGUUCGUUAAUGCAUUGUCUGCGAACGAGUCUCGGCCACAUCCAUCCGUACAUAUCAUCACAAAGUACUUCAUCGAUCAAGAAAAAUAUUUUUACUUAAUUAUACUACAUGCAGAUGUAGCAUACUGCGUAGGAGCGCUUGCAAUGCUAGCGACGGGAACAACGUCACUGGCAUUUUUUCAACAUGCUAGCGGAAUGUUCAAGAUUGCUGGUUAUCGUAUGGAAAAGGCUAUUACAAUCGGUAUUAGACAAAUGAAUGGUACGAGAAAUGCGACUUUCAUUUACAAAGGAAUAAUUGUUGCCAUAGAUAUGCAUCGAAAGGCUAUAAAGAUUGUCGAAAUUUAUGCAGCUUCAUUUAAUGUAACAUUCGCCCUUUUAAUAUUUGGCGGAAUACUUUACGCAAGUCUCAAUCUUUAUCGAACUUUUCGAGAGAUGUCGUCUGGAGAUAUUAGUGAAAAGCUGUUACAACCCAUUACAUUUAUCUGUGUUUAUUAUACAUACAUAUUCUUUGCCAAUUUUGCUGCGCAACAAAUUACGGAUCACAAUAAUAGCAUGUUUGUUACAGUGUACAACGUUGAAUGGUAUCUAGCUCCUUUACAUAUACAGAAACUUAUAUUGUUCAUGUUGCAAAGGGGCACUAAAACUUUGAACAUAAAGAUUGGUGAAUUAUUUGUAGGGUCUUUAGAAGGCUUCUCUACGCUGACCAGCGCCACAAUGUCUUACUUCACAUUUAUUUAUUAUACAAAUCAUUAAUGUGUCGAUUGUAACACUGUACAAUCUCUAAACAGAUUAAAUAAAGAUGUUAGAAAAAUAAUAUUGUAACGUAUUAUACGAAUAUAAAACAAAUAGAACGUGAAAACUUAAAUAUAAUUAAAUUAAUGGAAAAGAAAGGAAUGCCAA